AUGGGCGCAGCCCCCAGCUGCUGUUCUGAUUCCGGCGAUGUGCCGCCCAUCGAAGUGGUAGAAGGAGAGCCGUCGGCUGUUAACCUUGGCGAUGCAGGCAACGCAGGCAAUGCCGGCAAGGCAGGCUGUCAGCUGCAAUGGACGGCUGAGCCGCCGAUUGACGAACACGGACCCGAGCAUGAGCCAUCUCGCCAUCUGAGACUGGAUUCGGAACUGCUCCGAGGGAUUCCUCUAAACUCGUCUCUACAAGGUUUCGGAAGGCUCUGGCGAAAGUCACCGAUAGAUCUGCCAGAGGCCGCUCGUGGGGCCUUGUGGGAGAAGUCUGUGGGUGUGGAGAAGUUGGACAUCUUCCUGAGCCACACGUGGCACACCCCGGGAUCGCAAAAGAUCCGGGCCCUGAUGGUGCAGUCUGGCUGCCACUGCUUCGUCCUCGGCUGGCUCCUGGGUAGCGCAGUUGCCGUGCUUUUGGAGCUCUUUGCAUUUCCGAGGCACCGAAACUUGUCAGCAAGGCUUGGUGGAUUUGUGGGCUCUCUCCUCGGAUUCCUGGCCUCGCCCUACCUGCCACAGCCUUGCGGCCGCGAGAUGUGCUUUCUAGAUGUGGUCUGCAUUCACCAGGCGGAUCCUGAGCUCAUGCAGCGUGGGAUCUACGGCCUAGGUGGAUUCUUGAAAGCCAGCUCCGAAAUGCGAAUCCUUUGGAGUCCGCCGUACCUGUCGAGGCUCUGGUGCAUCUUCGAACUCGCCGCAUUCCGAAAGGCGAAUCCGUCAGGGCGCAUUGUUCUGAAGCCUCUGUAUUUGGAGGUUGGCCUGCUCUACGCGAUCCUUGCGAAUUAUGUGGUCCCCCUGGUUCAUGAGAUGCACAUCUGGCUCUCAGGGGACACUGGGUCCUGGCGGCAAUGGAUGGCGCUGCUGAUUCUUCCUUUUGUCCCGCUCGUGCACAAGCUGCGCCGACUGUUCCACCAAAAGCGCCAGCUCAUCGAGAAUAUGAAAAGCUUUGAAUUGGCAAACGUGAGCUGUCGCGUCACAAGUGACAGAGACUUCAUAUAUGCCGGCAUCCGUGAAUGGUAUGGCAGUGAGGAGGCAUUCGAGCAAUAUGUAAGAGGCCCACUGUACGACGAGCUCGUCUUUCCAUUUCGGAAAUCGGAAUUUCCAGCUGUGUAUUGGCUGAUGCUUAUGACACCCGUGCUUUCCGCCGAAGUGGAUCAUUGGUUAACUAGCUUAGAAGCCUCGCCAGGCUUGGAUCCGUACAUUAGCUUCCUUGCGCAUGUCGUUGCAGCUUCUCUCCUGAGCAUGAACCUCUUGAGUUUGGGCGUAUUGCUAUGUGAUGUUUUUGCACGCCCUGCAGCCGGAAUCUGGGACUACGGAAAGACCCUCUUGAUUUGGUUGGUGAUCGGCUUUGGACUCUAUGGCAAUCUGCAGACAGAGUUCAUCCUGAGGGAGAGCCACGAGGUGGCCCUGAGUGUUUGUGCUGCUCAAGCAGUCGCCUGCUUCCUUCUCAGGUAUGUGGUGCCCAAAUGGACCACUUGA